GCGGUCGGAGUGGCGGUCGGGAUGGCGGUGCAGGCCGCCCUCCUUGCCCCGCACCACUUCGCCCCGUUCCUGUUCCCCAGCACCCCGGCGUCGGGGGAGGAGGGCCGGGGGUCCGGGGCCACCGGGGUCCCCCAGGCCGGGGUCGGGCCCGGGGACGGCAGGGAGGCCACCCGGGACCUGCUCAGCUUCAUCGACUCGGCCUCCAGCAACAUCAAGAUGGCCCUCGACAAGCCCGGGAAGUCGAAGCGCAAGGUCAACCACCGCAAGUACCUGCAGAAGCAGAUCAAGCGCUGCACGGGCCUGGGGUCGUCCACCCCCUGUUCGUCCACCACCUCCUCCGAGGCGCCCUCCAGGAGGCCCCCAGCCUCCUCCGCCCUGCAGAGUCGAAGCCUGGCCGCCCUUUUCGACUCCCUGCACCCGCCCGCCCCCCGUGCCCCCUCCGGCAGCCCGGGCCCAGCCAAGAAGCUGCCCCUCCGCCACCGCAACCUGCCCCCGUCCUUCUUCACCGAGCCCACCCGAGCCCGGGGCCUAAGGGAGCCGGAGAAGGGCGGCGGCGAGCCGGCGGCGGACUUCUUCGACCUCCUGGGGCCGGACUAUGCCGGUGCCCAGCUGGAGCCCGGCCUGUUCGAGGUGCAUCCGGCCGCGGUCGGGGGGCUGCUGUACCCCGAGGCCUGGAACCCCCCGUGCCCCCUGCCCAAGAAGGCCUCCUCCGGCCCUGGCCGCCCUUUGACCUUGGAGGAGCCCCUGGGCCCUGCCCCCGGUUUGGGGGCGACCGGCGGGGCAGGGGAGGAGACCCCCGGGCAGCCCCCGGCCUUCGCCCCUUUCUUCCCCGACUGCCCCCUGUCUCCGCACCCGACCCCCCAGAUGCCCUAUGAUUUCAGCGCGGGCUUUAGCCGGGGGGGCUUCUCGGGCCUUUAGAGCUGGGGGGCAGGGGGUGGGGGGACCCUGGACCACCCAGCUUAACCCCUGCCCCCACUUCUGCCCACCUUCACCUGGACACAAGGGAUGCCCCCCUUCACCAGGACACAAGGAACCCCCUCUUUCACGUGGACACGAGGAACCCCCUCCUUCACCCAGACACGAGGGGGGCUUCUCAGGCCUUUAGAGCUGGGGGGAGGGGAGGGGGAUACUGGACCACCCAGCCUCACCCCCCACCCCCAUUUCUGCCCCCUUUCACCUGGAUACAAGUGACACCCCCCUUCACCUGGACCCAAGGAACCCCAACCUCCACCUGGACACAAAGGACUGAGAAAUGACUAUUUUGAGGGUUGUUUCCUCGCCUAAGAAGCCACGGAGGUUAGGGAUGAAGACUCUUCCCAUCAGAGCCGCUCCCCACCCACUCCAAGCAUUUUAAAACGGGAGCCCUGCCACCCCAAGGAAGGAAACUCCGGAUGGGAUCUGGGUUUCUGUCCCUCAAACUUCUCUCUCCCCUCCCUGUCGGUCGCCGAACUCUGUAAAAAUGGAUUUGCGUGCAGUGGGUUUUCCAUUUCUCUCCCCCCCUCCCAAUUCGGGCCUUCGCCCUGCAUUUUUCUUCGCAGGACCUUACUGCAGCGCAGCAAUUAAGAGGAAAGAUUUAAUUUCUUGGGAUAUCUUUCUAGAUGGGAGUAUCCCACGUGGUCCUUAGCUGUCAUUAAAGAGGGGAAGUUGUAUUUUAGAGGUGAUCGUUAGCGAUAGAUGUGACAUUACAGUGAGAGGCUGGACUGUUGGAAGCAGCCUGGACUAACUGUAGACUUAGCUCCUUCUGCACGUUAGGUUUUUAAGACACACACACGCACACAAACACGCAUCCCCUUCUUUCCGGGGGGUUUUCAUGAAGGGGCAAACACACACACCACCUCACCACGUCCUUUCGGCACCUUCCCUUCGGCGCCAGAAAUACGUUAUAAUAAACCCAAGCCACUUUGGACAUUACCACCUCUUACACUUCUUCAAUUCAACAGAACAUCACAUUUGACUCUUUGAAGACUGAGACUACAGCAUCCAGCUGAGCAAUGAACUGCACUACACACCCGCCGUCCCAUUUCCAUCUAGGCUCUUUUAGGAAUAAUAAUGAUGGUACUUGUUAAGCUCUUACUAUGUGACUAGCACUGUUCUAAGCCCUGGGGUAAAAUACAAGUUAAUCCUAUUAGACACAGUCCCUGUCCCAGAUAGGGCUCACUGGCUAGACUCUAGACUGUAAACUCGUCGUGGGCAGGACCCCGUCUAACAACUCUGUUGUAUGUUACUCUCCCAAAUGCUUAAUACAGUCCUGUGCACACACAAAGUGCUCAAUACCAUUGACAAUGAUGAAGGCGGGCAUUGAAUGCUCAUUUUGCAGGUGGAGAAAUUGAAGCACAAAGAAGUAAAAUGACUUGUUCAAGGUAACAGAGCAGGCCGGUCACUUAAAGCUUUGGCUCAGGGUCAUCAUCCAACUAGCUGGGUUACUCGUUAGUAUUUGAUGAUCGUUUAACUUGUGUUUCAAAUUUUAUGUAUGGGGGGACUGGUUCCAAAUUAAGCUGGCUGCUUGUCAAGAAAAGGGAAAAAAAAGUUCAGCGUCUUGAUCGUUAUUUCUUGCGGGCACAAGACUGUCCUAUCUUUCCAGCGCUUAAAACAGUGCUUUGCACAUAGUAAACGCUUAACAAAUGCCAUUAUUAUUAUUAUUAUUAUUCUGUUUUCUUCCCCUUUGGAAGUGGGUCAGAGAAAAUUUCACUCCUGUGACCUGCUUUCUUGAGAGAGAGAGAGAGACCGUGUGUGUGUCCCCUAGUGCCCCACAGUUGCCACAAUAAUUGGAAGGAGUGAGAGAAAUAAUCAACUUAUCGAACAUGAGCCUGUGUCUUUUCCAAAAAAGCGAAGUCAGCGGGAGGUGAAAAGCCUCUUUGGGCUUUGAGUUGAUGUCACUGCCUUGCUGUAUCCGUCUCUGCCCAUUCUGAGCUCUGGAGAUAUAACUCAGUUUCUGGGGAGAGAUAAUCAAUCGGUGGUAUGUACUGAACGCUCACUGUGUGUAGAGCACUGUUCUAAGCGCCCUGAGGUGAGAAUUGAGAUGGGCAAGUCGAGUAUGCAGAUGGGGCCUUGCAAGGAUGAAGUCUUGAUCUCAAAGACCAUUGCCUGCUACGAAAAGAUUAACAGGAAACUAUACAUGUACAAGUACGCUGCAGAAAACCAAGCUUUAAAUAAAAUGUUGAGUAGAAAAA